AUGUCAGAAACAGGACUUCCCCCAGGAUGGGCUAUUAAAGUGUCACGUACACACCAGAGACCAUAUUACUAUAACCAAGGAACCAAGGAGGCCACUUGGGAAGCACCCUUUGGUGCUGAUAAAGAUAGACUUGAAAAGUAUAUAAAAGAAUUCACUCGUAAUGGUAAUAAGCCUGUGGUUGGAAGCGAUGGCAAGGUCCGCGCGUCUCACUUGUUAAUAAAGCAUGAGGGCUCAAGGAAACCCAAAUCAUGGAAACUGCCUGAAGGUAUUACUCGUACAAGAGAUGAAGCCAUACAGAUCUUAAAAAAGCACCGUGAAGCUAUAUUAAAUGGUGAAGUUAAAUUGGCAGAUUUGGUUGUUAACGAAAGUGAUUGUUCAUCACAUUCUCAAGGAGGUGAUUUGGGAUAUUUUGGGAAAGGACAAAUGCAACCAUCGUUUGAAGAAGCUUCGUUUGCCCUUAAUGUGGGGGAAUUAAGUGAUAUUGUUGAAUCAGAUAGUGGAGUUCAUUUGAUCCUUAGAACUGCGUAG